AUGAAACGAUUAAAAAAAAUAUGUCUAUUAAAGUAAAGAAUAGUAAAAUUGCUAUUACUGAGCAGUAUUGAGAAUAUUUAUGUUCUUAUAGGAAAUUUGAAGCUAAUCUAAGAAGAUUAAGAAUAGAAUAUUUCCAUUGAAGAUUUAUUACCUCUAGAAUAUUUGGAGUUAUUGUCAAUAGAUAUUAUUGGAUAUUUCGAUGAUAGUUCAAUACGGGAUUUGAGUUGUGACUUUACUUUAAUUUAAGGUAGCGAGUUGAAACACUUAAUUAAAGAUUAUUAAAGUUUAUAAUCUAUAAUACUUAAUGUCAAGAAGGAAAUUGAUGCAAUAAUUAAAAUAUAUUGCGAACUAUAAUUAAACCAUACUGCUAUUGAUAUAGCUUAAGAAUUUGAUUUACAUCUAUUACAUUUGAAAUAAACUUAAUUUGAUACCUUAAUGUUGAUUUCAUUAAUGCAAAUUAAGUUUAACUGA